CAAAAAGUUUCGUGACGAUUUUGUGCCUGGUAACUGGGGUAGGGUAUAGACUGGGCCGAACAACGCUUUGUACCGCUCGCCGCUGUCGCCGUGGCCCGCUCGCCGUUGUUCUUGCGGCGCCGGAUUGUAUUCCGCGGCUCCACGGCAGCAGCCCAGGCAGGAGAAAUCUACGCGUGUCGGGAACGCCAGCCGGCGCGGCGGCUCCAAAACAGUCAUUAAACCAUGCUGCGCUGGACACUCAUCCUCCAAACGGCACAAGCGGCCACGUACCUCCCCGGCGUCGCGCCUAGGAGCUACAGCCCCGAGGACAGUCUCAAACUCUACGUGAACAAGCUCACGAGCACGCACACGCAGAUUCCCUACGACUACUACUCGCUCCCCUUCUGCCAUCCUAGAAUCAAGCAGGUGUCAGAAAAUAUUGGAGAGAAGCUCGCGGGGGAUAAGAUCGAGAACUCGCUCUACAAGUUAUCCGUACUGAAGAACCAGCCCUGCAAGAUCGUGUGUCGGAAGAAGGUGACGAAGAUCGGGGCGAAGCGGUUCGCGCGAGCGAUCGAUGACGACUAUAGGGUCCAUUGGAUCGUCGACAAUUUACCGGCGUCGACGUUGUUGACGAAUAAGGUGGAUCCCACGCGGCCGUAUCAUGUCAGGGGCUUUCCCGUCGGUUUCCGGCAGGAGGACGAGUCGGGAAAAACUCAACAUUUCCUGUUCAAUCACGUUAAAAUUGUAGUGUCAGUACACAGGGCGGUCGAGCGAUCUACGGAGGAAGAUGAGCGAGUACGUGUAGUAGGAUUCAGAGUGGAACCCUACUCCAUCAAGCACGUCUAUGAUGAGAACAUACCGUUCAGUACCAAAGAAACGCAACUCAAUACGUGCUCCGCGCAACGACCGGCGCGGAACGACCCUACCAAUUACCAACGGAUUGAUGGCUCAACAGAGGUAGUAUUCACGUACGACGUGGAGUGGGAGGACAGCGCGACGCCCUGGGCCCACCGGUGGGACGUAUUUUUACAGGGCAAUCCGGACGACAAGAUCCACUGGUUCUCGAUCACGAACAGCACGAUGAUCGUCGUCUUCCUGACGGUCAUGGUCGCCAUGAUUUUGGUGCGGACUCUAUCGCAGGACAUCGCCCACUAUAAUGAUGCUGCUUUGCUCGAUGAGGCGAAGGAAGAAUCGGGCUGGAAAUUGGUUCAUGCUGACGUGUUCAGACCGCCUUCAUUUAGCCCCAUGUUAUUUUCGGUCUGCAUUGGAUCUGGGGUGCAAUUAGGAUGCAUGGUCUUGCUUACGUUGACCUUCGCGCUGUUCGGGUUUCUGUCACCGGCCAACCGAGGGUCACUCAUCACCGCGUUAUUGAUGCUCUACGUCUUCGCGGGCGGCGCGGGCGGCCACGCGGCAGCCAGACUCUACAAGUCAUUUAGGGGCACGGACUGGAUGCUCAACACACUGUUGACAGCAACUCUGGUGCCGGGCUUCACGUUCGCAUGCUUCCUCGUCAUAGACAUCUCGCUCCUCAGUGUCGGAAGUUCGGGAGCCGUGCCCGUCUCGACACUACUGACACUAGUGGUCCUGUGGUUCGGCGUGUCUGUACCUCUUGUCUUUUUGGGUGCAUAUGUUGGAUUUAAGAAGGAUGUAGCACCAAACCCCGUGCGGACGAACCAGAUCCCGCGCCUCGUGCCGCCGCAGCCCUGGUACAUGCACCCCGCCCUUACUACCAUUUUUGGAGGUAUCCUACCAUUUGGGGCUGUCUCGGUCGAAUUAUUUUUCGUGAUGAGCGCGAUCUGGCUCCACCAGAUCUACUACAUCUUUGGAUUUUUAUUCUUAGUAAGCAUGAUCCUCGUGGCGACGUGUGCGGAAAUUACGAUACUCCUUUGCUACUUCCAGUUGUGUAACGAGGACUACGCGUGGUGGUGGCGUAGCGUCAUGAGUUCGGGCGCGUGUGCCGGCUACGUCUUCUUGUAUGCGGUCUGGUACUUCAUCUCUGAAUUGGAGAUCACUGGAGGGGUCCCGUCGACGCUCUACUUCGGGUACAUGACGCUCGUCAGCGGCAUCUUCUUUUUAGUGACCGGCACGAUCGGCUUCUACGCUUGUUUAUGGUUCGUGAACAAGAUCUAUGGAAGCAUCAAGGUGGACUAGGUCCCCUUCCCUUUUUUGCCCCGGGUAAGCUUGGGUACACA